CGCCUCUAUAUAUAUUUUCCGCAACUCCUCCGUCAGUUUCCCACAAAAGCCUUCGGUAAAUACAGAGAGUGAAAAAGCAGACUGAGAGAAAAAUGGCAACGAUCAAGCUUGUUAAAGCCCGUCAAAUCUUCGACAGCCGUGGGAAUCCCACCGUCGAAGUUGAUGUCACGCUAUCGGAUGGAACCUACGCAAGAGCUGCUGUUCCAAGUGGGGCUUCCACAGGUAUCUAUGAAGCCCUUGAACUCAGAGAUGGCGGAUCGGAUUAUCUUGGAAAAGGUGUCCUCAAGGCUGUGGAGAAUGUGAAUUCGAUCAUUGGACCAGCUUUGAUUGGAAAGGACCCAACAGAGCAGACCAAAAUCGACAAUUAUAUGGUACAGCAACUCGAUGGAACUGUCAACGAAUGGGGUUGGUGCAAACAGAAGCUCGGAGCAAAUGCUAUAUUGGCGGUGUCUCUAGCUGUUUGCAAAGCCGGUGCCCUUGUGAACAAGAUCCCUCUUUACAAGCAUAUAGCCAAUCUUGCUGGAAACAAGACCUUGGUGCUGCCCGUACCUGCAUUUAAUGUCAUUAACGGAGGUUCUCAUGCAGGCAAUAAACUAGCAAUGCAGGAAUUUAUGAUCCUCCCUGUCGGAGCAUCUUCUUUCAAGGAAGCUAUGAAGAUGGGUGUUGAAGUAUAUCAUCACCUGAAGGCUGUAAUUAAGAAGAAGUAUGGACAAGAUGCCACAAAUGUUGGGGACGAAGGUGGCUUUGCCCCCAAUAUUCAGGAAAACAAAGAGGGUCUUGAACUGCUAAAGACAGCCAUAGCUAAAGCUGGAUAUACUGGAAAGGUUGUCAUUGGGAUGGAUGUUGCUGCCUCGGAAUUCUACGAUGACAAGGAUAAGACCUAUGACUUGAACUUCAAGGAAGAGAAAAAUGAUGGAUCACAAAAGAUAUCUGGAGACAGUCUGAAGAAUGUUUACAAGUCAUUUGUUACUGAGUAUCCAAUUGUGUCAAUUGAAGAUCCGUUUGACCAGGAUGAUUGGGAACACUAUGCAAAGAUGACUGCUGAAAUUGGUGAGCAAGUCCAAAUUGUCGGCGAUGAUCUUCUCGUCACAAAUCCAAAGCGAGUGGAGAAAGCAAUCAAUGAGAAGACCUGCAAUGCCCUUCUUUUGAAGGUGAAUCAAAUUGGUUCAGUUACUGAAAGUAUUGAAGCUGUGAAAAUGUCAAAGCGUGCUGGCUGGGGUGUCAUGGCAAGUCACCGAAGUGGUGAAACUGAGGAUACUUUCAUUGCCGACCUUUCUGUUGGGCUGUCAACGGGACAGAUUAAGACCGGAGCUCCGUGCAGAUCAGAGCGACUUGCUAAAUACAACCAGCUUCUUAGGAUAGAGGAGGAGCUUGGAUCCGCAGCAGUCUAUGCCGGUGCAAAAUUCAGAGUCCCAGUGGAACCAUACUGAUCCGAGUGCUGGAAUCUUAAAACCGUUGUUAAACAAGCCCUCUUAGUUUUCGAUAUUACGAAGCGUGUAAUUCGGCAUAAGUAAACAUGUGUUCUAGUUACUAAUAAGGUCUUGGUGAGGAGAUCAGGAACCAUUUGAUGAGAGAGUUGUAGAGUUGUUUCUGUUUCAGCUUGUUUUUCUGGUGAUGUAAUGCACAGAGGGCUUGUUCAUGUUAUGUCUCUAAUAUUACUUAAGCUUGUGGGUUAAGACAAAAUCUCGAUAUCUUGUUAAGAUUAGAGUUUAAUCCUUUUCGUAA